AUUACUUAGUUAGUAAAUUAAUAAAGUCGUUAAGCACGAGAGUAGUGGUUAGAAACAGAGAGCCAGCGAAGGUUUUUUGAUUGAAAAAAAAAAAGAAACCUAAAGUGUGGAAGCCGUGGAGGAGCAUAAAAAUAAAUAAAAAAUCAAACUCCUUUUCCUUCCUCAAACCACCAAAUCGAUCUCUACGGUCCAAAACGGCGUCUGGUUAAUGCCUGGAAGCCGCGGGGAGAUAACGGUGGAUGAUCAGAACGGAGUCGAUAACGAUCACAAGAGGAGGAGGAAGAAGAAGGAGGGAGAGGAUGGAACUGAGACCGAGAAUCAAUUAGUAAUGCCCUCAAUUUCGAAACCCAGGAAGCGAUUUAUAGACAAAUUCAGAAAGAGACCUAAAUCACAAAAUCAAUCAUCUUCUUCUUCGUCUUCAAGGUCUGGGUCGCGUAAAGGAGGAUGCUUUUCUUUGAGGAGACGUCGGAGGAGAACAGAGGAGGAGGAGGAGGAGGAGGGUUCUCCUUCUUCUCCAGUUUCUGAUCCUAACGAUGAAUGCUUCACUCAUGAGAUGCUGCGUGUUAUGUUGGAGACUAAUGAUUUCUGCUCUAAUGAGUGUAAUCCGCAUCGGUGAUUUUGUGUAAGUUUUGUUCAUCGUGGGGAAGGGGGAAUGAUUCUUGUUAUAGAUUUUUUUUUUUUUUUUUUUUUUUUUGCUCAAUCAAUCUGUAUAGAACUUUCUUCGUCUGGUUAAAUCCAUCAAUGCCUAUGAUCAUCAUUUAUCAGUAUGGUAAAGCAAUUGUGUAUGGAAUCUGAUUCGUAUAGCAGUGUGUGAUUGGUUGAUACGGUUUGGUUGAAUUGAGUUAUCUUUAGCUUUGUAAGAGAUCAAAAGGUCAAUGGAUAAAUUUUGAUAUGUCCAUAUUUAGUUUUGGAUGGUUUUUUUGUCUUCUCUCUAGUCGUGCCAAACGGUAAGAACUCUAUUUGAAGAAGUUCAGGUGCUCUGAGCCUUGGCUUAUUAUAGCCCAAUGCAGCAAAAAUAUAGCUGAUGCCUGUUGUUCUGACUUACAGAUGUCUCAGCAGAUUGUUAUAGGGCAUGGUAACUAUGGUUGCGUAUUUGGUUUAGUGAAUCGAAGAAAGAAGAGUAGGUUUUUUGACAUGUUAUCAUAUCAGCAAUUUUGCUCAAUGGAUGUGUCCAAAGCAGAAUGACCAUUCGCAAGAAGCAGCAGUUUUUUUGAGCAAUUGCAUUUUUAGGUGAUUUUGCUGUAUGAGUACCGUUAGCUAGCAAGUAGUCCCCAUUUUUAAAGUUUAUUGGAGCAGAGUUUGUUUGUCUUCAUCUGUUUACUGUAACCUAAUAGUGUAGAAACAGUGAUAAAUAAAACUAGUCAUAACUAAUAACCAAGGAAGUAGUGUUGUCAUUGUCCAAAUUGAGUACAGACUGAUGCAUAUAUAUUUGCUUAAGCAUCUUUGCUGGAUA